AUGUCACGGAUCCUUUUGCCCUUGUCGAAAUUCAAUAAUGUCACCAACUUCAACUUUUUUUUCAACAAUACCCGGAAAAGCCUAAUAAUAGAUCAAAACUUCAUAAACAACCAACUCCUAUGUCGAAAAAUAUUUACUCCUAACUUGGGGCGUCUGCGGGACAGGAACCGGGACCCGGCUCUAGAAAACCAGAGCCAGAGCCAGACCAAGACCAGCCAUGGUGCUUCCGUGAUUGAAAAUGUAGCCUCAAAAGUGCUUACAUGUCAAGAGCCCGACGCGCAACUGUCGCAGAGCUUUGAUCUGCAAACAACAUCAGCAACAACUCCCCAAAGAGCCAUACCGUUCAAGGUAUCGCCCAGAGGCCCCAAAACCGCAAUUGGGAGGGAGCCCGUGUCAUUACUAAAGCCAAAGGCCCAAUCGGAUGUCAAGAGUGCUCUCGCCGCGUACUAUAAACUAACGAAACCCAAUUUGACCAUUCUAGUGACGUUGAGCUGCAUCUGCUCGUACGCGAUAUCACCGCUCAGCGUGUCCGUUUUUGAACUCUUCUUUUUGACUGCCGGGACGGCGUUUUGCUCUGGUGCUGCCAAUGCCAUCAACAUGGGACGCGAGCCCGAGUUUGACAAGCAAAUGCCGAGAACCGUGGGCAGACCCGUUGUCCGCGGACUUAUUACACCCAAACAGGCCUACCAAUUUGCAGGACUCAUUGGCUCUGCGGGGUGUCUCAUGCUAUGGUUUGGAGUAAACCCGUUGGUCUCGCUAUUGGGGUUCUCAAACAUUGUUCUAUAUGCGUGGAUAUACACUUCCAUGAAACGCCACUCGAUUCUCAACACGUGGGUCGGGGCAAUCGUGGGAGCUAUCCCGCCUUUGAUGGGAUGGGCAGCCUCGUCGUCGUUGGCCGCUCCGGGAGCUUGGUGCUUGGCGGGGUUGUUGUAUGCAUGGCAAUUCCCCCAUUUCAAUGCCUUGUCUCAUGGAAUCGCCCAGCAGUACAAACAGGCUGGCUACGUCAUGGCAGCUGCCGAGAACCCGAAAUUGAACGCUAGAGUUGCGCUACGCUACUCGAUACUCAUGUUCCCACUCUGUUUCGGGUUGAGCUAUUUUGGAGUCACGGAUUGGGUGUUUCCCCUUGACUCGGCCUUGGCCAAUGGCUGGUUGACCUACUGGGCAUGGAAGUUCUGGCAGCAGCAACAACAAAACUACUCCAGCCUGGCUCGAGGACCCACUGCCGAAGGGUUGGCUCUUGCAGGCGUCCAUGCUAAGAAGCUAUUUUGGUGCUCGGUUUGGCAUCUACCGGCCGUUCUCAUCUUGGCCAUGCUACACAAGAAAGACCAAUGGAAUCGAUUGCAUGACUACGUGAUGAACAAAUUCGGUCGGCCCACUGCUGCGCUAGGGUACUAG